AUGGAAGAGCAAGUAAAGGAGCCGCUGCAGCCAAGAGAGGAGGAGAAGGAGAAAGAGAAGGAGCCCGGAGUGAAGCUCCACAAGGCUACCAAGCCAUAUAAGCCACCGGUCCCCUAUCCAAGCCGAUUGAAGAAUGAAAAGCUGGACCAACAGUUCACCGAUUUCUACAACAUGUUGGCAAAGGUGAACGUGAACCUGCCGUUGCUAGACGUGAUCAGAAAUGUCCCAGCCUACCUGAAGUUCUUUAAAGAGUUGGCCUCCAAGAAGAGGAGGUUCGAGGACAACGAGAAGAUUUUGGUGUCCGAGGUUGCAAACUCCAUAAUGCAACAGCCCUUACCGACCAAGCAACGAGACCCAGGUAGCUUUGUCAUUAAUAUUGCUUUGGGAAAUGGUAAGGAGGCCUCGGGGAUGUUAGAUUUGGGGGCUGGAAUCAAUUUAAUGCCUUACUCUAUUUUCAAGCAAUUAGAGUUAGGAAAUCUGAAACCCACUCGUAUGUGCUUGCAAUUAGCUGAUAGGUCGGUGCGGUAUCCUCACGGGGUAGUUGAGGAUAUCCUUGUUAGAGUGGGUGGGUUGAUUGUACCUGUUGAUUUUGUUGUGCUUGAAAUAGGAGAGGUACACGAAAAUGGCAAAGAACAUACCCUUUUGCUAGGAAGACCAUUUAUGGCAACUACUAACACAUUGAUAGAUGUUAAAAAUGGCACCAUCAAGAUGACUGUGUUAGGAGAGCCAGUGUCUUUCUCUGUGCAUCAUAAUCGAGCCAUGCCAUCAUCCUCACUCACUAAUGAAUGUUCUUAUAUUGAUGCAAUUGAUGGCUUGGCCGAGAUAUUCUUUGUGCAGGAGCAAGAAGUUGUUGAGGUUUUUGCAGGGUCCGCGGACAUGGAGGAGUUUGCCCGUGAAGCCGAAGAAAGAGAGCGGGCCCGCAAAGCUAAGCUCCCCAUUGAUGAGGCCGUGGUGAUUGACUAUGCCACAAAGAUUAAGCCAACCUUGGAGCUCAAGGAGCUCCCCAAGAACCUCAAGUAUGUAUACUUGGAAGGAGAGGCGGAAAAGCUUGUAAUCAUAUCUUCCGAGCUUACGCACGAGCAAGAGUUGGCAUUGAUGGAGGUUUUGCGGAAAAAUAAGGCAGCUUUCGGAUGGGGCCUUGCCGAUAUUAAAGGCAUUAGCCCUGCCACUUGCAUGCACAGGAUCCACCUUGAGGAAGGGGCGAGGCCCAAGAGAGAUGGCCAAAGGAGAUUGAAUCCAGUCCUCAUGGAGGUGGUUCGCAAGGAAAUCCUCAAGCUAUUGGCGGAAGGGAUCAUCUACCCGAUCGCCGAUAGUGAGUGGGUUAGUCCGGUGCACGUGGUGCCGAAGAAAGGAGGGAUCACUGUCAUCCUUAAUGAUGAUCAAGAGUUGGUGCCAACCCGCCCCGUGACGGGAUGGCGCAUGUGCAUCGACUACAGGAAAUUGAAUGCAGCCACCAAAAAGGACCAUUUUCCCCUCCCCUUUAUUGAUCAAAUGCUUGAUCAUUUAGCUGGUCAUAAUUUUUAUUAUUUUCUUGAUGGACUUUCAGGGUAUUACCAAAUAGCCAUUGCACCAGAGGACCAAGACAAGACGGCAUUCACCACUCCCUUCGGCACCUUUGCGUGGAAGAGGAUGCCGUUCGGUUUGUGCAAUGCACCGGGGACUUUCCAACGGUGCAUAAUGUCGAUCUUCGCGGAAAUGAUAGGUGAUUUUGUUGUCCUUGAUGUGGGAAAAGGGAUUAGAGGAGAUAAUGGGCAUCUUCUUUUGCUUGGCCGACCUUUUAUGGCCACCACCCAUACUCGUAUUAACGUUGGUGCGUUGGAGAUUGUUUGUUCUAUGGAUGAGAGAUAG